AUGCUGCUCUAUGACAACAAGAGCUACCUAUGGCUGCUCUUGCAUCGGAGAGGCAGUGUCUUCUGGAGAUGUGACUCUAUGCUGGGUGGCCUCCUGGUUGCCUUGGCUGGAGCUUUAGUGCACUAUCUGCGGGAGGAUCAAGAAGUGGACAUAGGUAUCGCCCACCACUACGGGCUACAAGCGCUGGGUGUGGGAGUCACCUGGGCCAUCGUGUUCCGGACCCAGUUGGCCUGGCACCGCUACUGGGAGGCAGUGACGCAACUGCACUUCUAUUAUAGCAAGUUCGUGGACGUCUUCUCACAGUUCGCCGCCUUCGCGGAGGUGUCGCUGAAAGGUGCCCAGGAGGACGCCGCCAAGACGGAGCGCAUCCAACGCAAGCAGCGGAGGCUGAAGGCCAACUUCGCGCUGCUCAGCGCGCUGGCGGCGGACCGGCUCACCCUGGGGGACAACCAGCGGAUGGAAGACACCCGUGCCAGGCGCGCCCAGACUCGCACGAGCAUGCGCAUCCAGAAGGAGUCACAGGGCUUCCAGCAGCCCGCGUUCGCUGAAGCAGACAAAGUGGACCGAGACGACAAGAAGGACACGCGGUACAAGAUCUUUCAGCUGCCCUCCAGCCGGCAGAUGCGGCUCUUAGAGUCCUCGCAGGAUGCGGUGUCCACGGUGAUGUACUGGAUCAUUUGGGACCUGGCGGACGCCAUGAAGGACCUGAGCAUCGCACCCCCGAUCCAGAGCCGGAUGUACCAGGAGCUGUCCAACGGCAUGCUGGGCUUCAACAACUGCGUGAAGGUGGCCGAUGUGCCCUUCCCCCUUCCCUUUGCGCAGCUCUUGGGGAUCUUGUUGGCCGCUUUCUCCUGCCUCAUGCCGGUGUACGUGGUGAUCUUUACGCAGUCCCCGAUCGUGAGCCCCAUCGUGUGCUUCUUCCUCUUCGAGAGCCUCUGGUGUUUGAACGAAGUGGCCAAAGAGCUGGAGAAUCCCUUUGGCCAGGAUGUGAAUGAUAUCUCUGUGAACGACUUCCAUGUCCGAUUUGUCGACACCCUGAUGAGCUUGAGCAGCCCUAAGCAGCAGGCGGUUUUGCAUCAUCCCAGCUUGGGCCUACCGGACCCGGACGCAGCGCCGGACGCGUCCGCAGCGCUGGAAGUCGCUUUGGACCUGACAGACGACCCCAAGGAGCCGGAUGUGGAGGUGCCAACAACGAAGCUCCAACUCUAG